AUGGACAGCCGAUCUCCACCGUCGUCGGCCUCGGGCUCUGGCUCGGCCAAGACUACGGCAACCAUCCGAGCCGCCGCCACAAGCACUUCAACAACAUCAAGAGCAACUGCGGCAAUCACAACGUCCAGUCCUCUCAAAGACAAGCACCGUGUCUCCCGUGCUUGUAUAUCGUGUCGCCAGCGCAAGACUCGAUGUGACCUCUAUUCGCACGGCACGCCAGGCCAACCACCAUGUACGCGCUGUUUCCAGGAGCGUCUGGAGUGCACGCUGGCGACGUCCCGACGUGGCGGACGCCGGCCGAGGCGGACCGAUGUCCACCAAAAUCAGGGGCGAGCUCACGCUCCGCCUCAGCUUCAGUCUCAUGGACCCGGCUUACCGCCGUCCAGUCCCCAUUCCGGUACACACGCAUCGACGCGUCGGGCGACGGUGCACAUGACGGGUGCCGACAUUGACGGCGACUUUGCGGCACGCGACCUGCUGAACCCAUCCGACGCCUUGAAUUUGCUGGCCCAAGUGGCCGACCUCGACGGCGUUCACGACGAACAGGACCAGAGCCAUGGUCGCGCGUACAAUGCAGGUGAUGGGCACGACGGUAUACAGCCAGGGACACCGGCACAGCCCCGCCGACAUCCUCACCCCAAUAAUUCCAGCCAAAACACCAACCACAGCCACAAUCCCAAUACGUCCUUCUACUACCCGCCCAUCUCGGACGGCCGCCUGAGCCUCGCCGAUGCAUCCUACCUUCUGCAGCACUACCACGAACACUACCACCCCUUCUUCCCGGUUGCCGACAAGCACGUAUUUGACGGCCGUAGCAUUGCGAGUCUCGUCCAGGCAGAGCCGCACCUGUUGACGAGCAUCUUUACCGUCGCCUCCAAAGACGACCCAGCGUGGCACGGUGUGCACGAGGCCUGUGCCAGUCAUAUGGACAAUCUAGUGUCCCGGUUGAUCAGUCGCGGUUCGUCGUCGGUUGGGGCUGUGGAGGCCUUGUUGAUCUUGGCGGAAUGGGCGCCCCAGCUGCCACAGCCGACACCACAACCUCAAUCGCAGUCACAAGGACAAUCACAGAACAGGGUCCCGCCCGACGCAGCGCCGGCGCUUAUCGGCCGCGGAGAAGAAGACCAGGGCGCCUGGAUGCAGAUCGGUGUCGCCAUCCGGCUGGCCUACUUGCAGGGCCUCGAGCAGACGGGUCUGGUCCUCGGCAGCAACAACAAACCCACCGACUUUGAACGCAAGCGUGUGGCCUGGGCUGCCUGCUACAUGAGCGACCGCGAGGUAUCGAUUCGCCUGGGCAAAGGCUUCUGGUCGCGCGGACCGGGACCGUCGACCGUGUUGAGCGCGGGCGAUUUUCCGACGCUGCGUGCACAACAAGCCGGUGCGGGCGACCUGGCUCAGCUGUUCCAGGCUCGCCUGGAGAUGACCCAGCUGUUUAGCAACGCACACGAUAUUCUCUACUCGUCGACGACACAUCGUGAACAGUUGUUUGUUGGCGGGGACACAGUGACACCCUCUGUCAAAGCGGCCCUCAUUCUGUCCUACGAAUUCCUUCGCCUCUACAUCAACGCGUUUGCUUUCCAAGCCACCAUCAGCCGUGCCAUUACACGCGCCCGCCAGUCGCCGCCGGCCUCUCGGACGGCCGUGCGCCCCCUGUUUACCGAUCUCGCCAGCAUCCCCGACGCCCGCUUCAUCUACGAGUCCAUCGAUGCCGCCAACACCCUGUUGAGCACCUUGAACGACUUCGUCGACCCAACCUCCGCCCUCCGCUACAUGCCCCUCAAGUAUUAUCUGUACGUCAUUUACGCUGCCGUGUUCCUGUUCAAAGCCAGGGUGGCCGGUGCCUUGGCCGGCGACGCCGGCAUCAGUGCCCGCCGCACCAUCAAUAUCACCAUUGAUCGGCUGCAAAAGUCGUCCGUCCAUCCACACGGCCUGGGCCAGCGGUAUGCGCGUUCACUGUACCUGCUUUGGCGCAAGUCGGUCGACCGAGCAGCCGCUCAAAAGACCAAGAAGACGGAGAAAGCGGCUGAAAAGACGGCUGCUCCUGCUGGCACCGCCGUCAACACGCCUGUCGGACACGACCAUCACAGCGAUCGAAACAGCAGCGGGCCGCAGUCUCCGGUUCCGUCCUCCACUCCCAACGACGCCAUUGCCAACGGCAUCCACAGCAACAUCACCAGUAUGGACGUCAGCAGCAUACCAACCGGGACGACCAUGGCUGUUGACACGGAAAUAGUGGCGAACGGCGUAAACGAUACCAACGCAAAUGCAGGCGUUCCUCCCGACUAUGGCCGCCCUCCACCGGCCGAACUGCUCGACCCGCUCAAGGGCUUCUCGUGGCGCGACCUCGACGGCCUGGGCCAGUUUAUUGGAAAGGACAUGACCUUUCUCGACAUUACCUUGGCGACACCCAUGUCGGACUCUGACCACGGCGCCGCGGCAGUGGAUACAGUGACGGAUGCCUGGCAGGACAUAUUGUGGUCGGGCAACGACGUCAUCUUUUAA